UACGAUAUAUAUAUAUAUAUAUGAGCAUAUUAUAAUAACAUUAAUAAUAAGGGUUUUAUGAAAUCAUUUGGUAUUUCGUCGCUUCAUUAGAAGCAGAUUUAAAACCACGUUAUCAUCAGUGGGCCAACAAUCAUCAUCAAAUGGUCAAAAUUGUUGUUGUUACAAAUCAAUUUCAAAUUUGCCACGGCUUUUUGUUUUAAUUUGCAUUUUCCUCUCUCGCUCUCCCUGCAUGUAUGUGUAAAAACCGAUUGUGUUUCUCUCAACCACUUUGAUCGCAAUCACUUGUAAAUAAUAUUCGGACAUUCGUGUUUACAUUUUCAAAGAUAUAUAUAUAUAUAUAUAUAUAUUCACAGGACAUUUAAAAAAUAUAUUUAACUGUAAACUGUUACAUCAUAACACUGGACACUUUUAGUGUUUCAUACAAAUCUUUAUAAUUAGAAGAAUAUGCUUCCAAUGUUUGAAGAGAUUGGUUUAAAUUGUCCAUUACAAAAUGAAACUUGUUUGUUCAAACUAUACGAUGAAAGUCCUUGGUCACUUGAUGGAAAGACAGAUAGUGUCCAGAUGAAUGGAAUCAAUACCGGCAAAAUGUCAAAAACCAGUGGCAAAACUGACCAAGAGAGUUUGACAUCACUUGUCAACAAAAUUAACAAUGACAAUCAAGAAGCUCCAAUAGUCGAUAGUCUCGAUGAACAACAAUCAUGGCAUUCCACAUCACCGUGUUCUUCAGAAUCUGCAGAUUCAUUUUCUUCAAAUAGUAGAAAUGAUUUAAGAAGUUAUUUAGAAGGUCCACUGUCACCAGAACAAUCAACUGUUAUUAAUUCAAGAUAUACGACGCAUAUAGAAUCUUUGUCAUCUGAUCUCCUAUCGGAAUUUAUGACAAUGGACACAAUUACACCAAUGAAUAUUUUAAGUAUACCUAAUCAUUUUGAAAACACCCUGGAUCCUUCAUUAUUCUAUGCUGAUUACAUAAAAAACACUCAUGAUAAUUAUUAUUCUAAUUUUUCUGAUGAAUGCAUCAAUGAGAUGAAUAAUGAUCAACUGGAAAGCUCUAAAGAGGGAACUUCUAAUUCCAAUGAGUAUUGUACAGAGGAAGAUUUAUUAAAGUUAUAUAAUAAUAAUAAUAGAAAUGAAAGAGAUUCGAACAGUGGAACUAGUCAAAGAAGUAGACCGUUAUCAAUGAAAUCAGUCAACGAUAAGCCUCAUGUUACUGAAUCACCACCACCACCACCACCAGUUCCCUCAUCAUCCUCAUCGUUUACAGAUAAUUUUGGAUAUUUUCAUUCACCGAAUGAAUUAGCCAGUGAAGAUAUUGCUUGGAUGGAUACAUUAGAUGUCUCCGGCUUGGGAUUAGAUGAUGUUGAACAGAUAUUCUCAACUGUCAAUUCACCUGAAGAAGAAAUCAACAAAUCUGAUCACUAUUGUACAGUGAAAUCACAUUCAAGUAGUGAGUUACAGCAGUCAUCUUCAACAGAUCAAUUAUCCAAUCAACCUGUAAUCAUUUCAAAGGCUUGUAAAUCAUCCAUCGGAAAUGAUCUGUUACAUGAAGCGGAACAGAUAGGCGAUAAUAUGUCAGAUACAGAAAGAGUUUCUUGCAAUAUUAAUGAUAAUAAUAAUAAUCUUUAUCAUGAAGAUAGAUAUAACGAUGAGCACAAUUCAGAUAGUACGCUAACUUGUUCUGAAGCUGAAUACCACACAAAUUUACUGCGACAAAAACGUUUAAAAAAGCAUCGUUUAAAGAUUAAGGCGAAAUCUAGGCACAAUAAUCCAUGCACUUCUAGUGAUGACAAUUACUCGGAUUCAUCGUUCAGUGAUGAUCAUGAUGAUGAAGAAUCCUUAUCAUCGGAGGUGAAUUACAGGCCAGAAGUGUAUUAUAAAAGUAAUACCUCUAAAAGAUUCAAUCAUUCCGUCACUUAUGGUGGUGAUAGUGCAAGUUAUCGAAAUAAAAAACAUCAGUCGUAUUGUUGUAGUACACAAUCACAAGCUACAGAUAUUAAUGACUGUGAACCAUGGUGGCCUAAUCCAGUGACACGACGUAUGCAUAAAGAUUUUCAAUCAGCUAUCUGGAUAACUAACUCCACACAACAUGCUGAUGAUGAUGAUUAUCAUGGCGACGACCGUGACGGUAAAAAUAAUCAUGAUAACAGUGAUAAAAAGAGGUCAACAAAGACGAAAUUAUCUCCUGCAACACAUGAAGUGCAUAAUUCUGAUUCAGAAAGAUCUAAUUCCUCAAUGGAUCAAUUCAAAAGCAAACAUCAUCGAGAUCUUCAGCAUCAUUCUUCUUAUAAAUGUUUAAAAAGCUCAAAAUAUAAAAAGCACAGGAAAUUUUCCACCUCUUCAGUUGACUCCCAUUGGUUAACAAAACGAAAGUGUAAACAAAUGGAAUUAUGGCAGUUUAUAUUGUGUCGUUUAGAGACAGGUAAUGAGACGACAGCAUUUCAAUGGGUCAAUCGAUCGACAGGAAUAUUUCGUAUUGUCAAUACACAAUUAAGCGCAAAAGAAUGGGGUCAUUAUCGGAAUAAUAAACAUAUGGAUUAUGAAAAAAUGGCUAGAGCUAUGCGAUUUUAUUACAAAGAUUCAAUAUUAAGAAAAUCACGUCAACAACUUCAUUUUCAAUUUGCUAUGCCAUAUGUUCAAUGGGCAGAGAAAUUUUAUCGUGAUAAGAAAUGAGGAAAUGCUCCUAUACUCGUCUAUCUAUGAAUACUUGUUCUCUCUUCCUUUUGUGCAUAAAAGCGGAAAUUGUGAAUAGACGCCAUUGUACAUUGAUUGCAGUGUUGUACCCUAGUGGGUCGUUGUGUUGGCUGUUACUGUGUUUCGUCUAACAAAUCAGAAAUAAUCUCCACUUUGUACAUUAUAUAAACUUCUCUUUUAUUCUACUUAAUUUCAAUCAAUUUUUACUUGUGUGUACCUGUGAAUCCGACUUCCAUUCUUUGUUUUCAGAAU